AUGGCAAAUUAUCUCGUUAUAUUAGGCGGCGUGUUGGCAAUACUAUGCUUACUUUACUACUAUCUUACUUCAAAUUUCAACUUCUGGAAAGAUCGUGGUAUACCUGGACCAAGACCUGUACCCUUAUUUGGCAACAUUCGACUACUGGCACUCAGGAAAUUAAGCAUGGCGGAUUUCAUAAGAAACAUGUACGACCAAUAUAAACAUGAGCCAGUUUUUGGUAUUUUCUCAGGCAGUUCACCCGUGCUGGUUGUUAACGAUUUGGAGAUGAUUAAAGAUAUCCUCAUCAGGGACUUCUCACUUUUCGUUGAUCGAGGACUAUCCACGUAUCCGAAGGUGGAACCACUGACCGAACAUCUAUUCAAUAUAGACCCGGAAAGAUGGCGGCCAUUGAGGAUAAAAUCCUCGCCAAUAUUCACAUCUGGCAAACUCAAAGAAAUGUUUCCCCUCGUGGUAGAAUGCGGGCAGCACUUGGAAGACUAUUUGGAGAAAGUUGUAUCGAAGGGUGAGCCUGUCGAUUGUCGUGAAAUAGCUGCAAAAUUCACCACUGACGUAAUCGGUAGCUGCGCCUUUGGAAUUAGCAUGAAGGCACUUUCCGACGAGGACAGCGAUUUUCGUAGGAUGGGUAAAGAGCUCUUCGUCGCUGAUACUAAAGAGAUUAUGAGAAUCUUCUGCAGACAAUUUUUUCCUGGUGUGUACAAAGUAGCGGGUCGCAUACUUCAGAAACAUCAUGUUGGGAACUUCUUUACUAAUAUGGUUAUGAGCACGCUUAAAUACAGAGAACAGAAUAAUAUCUUUAGGCCUGACUUCAUUAACGUGCUUCUGGAACUUCAGAGAAACCCGCAUAACCUGGAAAAUAUUGAGCUGACGGAAGGGUUACUUACAUCGCAGGCGUUUGGCUUCUUCAUAGCUGGUUUCGAAACUUCCUCGUCAACGAUGAGUCAUUCACUCUACGAACUAGCAUUAAACACUGAUAUGCAGGAUAAGCUACGAAACGAAAUCAGGGAGAACUUUGCGCAACAUGGUGAUACAUUAACAUACGAACAGGUGAAACAGAUGAAGUACUUGGAUUUAGUGUUCCGAGAAACUCUGAGGAAAUACCCAGUACUGCCAAUUUUGAUGAGAAAAGGCAGUACGGAUUAUACUUUUAAAGGAACAAAUAUUACUGUCCCAAAGGGUACGCUUAUAUGGAUACCAGUGCGAGGAAUUCAUUACAAUUCUCAUAUUUAUCCGAAACCUGAAGUAUUUGAUACUGAAAGGUUCACCGAAGAAGCUAUUUCAGCCAGACAUCCUAUGAGUUACAUACCGUUCGGUGAUGGACCAAGAAAUUGUAUUGGAACCCGUUUCGCAUUUUACCAAAGCAGAGUGGGACUUAUCUCUAUUCUUCGUAAGUACAGAGUCGAUGUCUGUGAAAAAACAACUGCGUACGAGCCUGACAUUCGGACAUUCCUGUUCUCACCUAAAAAUAUAAUAUUAAAACUGACGAAAAUAGAAUAA